AUGAGCGUGAACAAGGGGCCAGCAUCUGAAGAUGUCCGGGAACAACCACAGGGUGCCUCGAGCCCGCGAGAGCUGGACGACAUCAACUCCGAGGAGUUCAGUCAAGAAAACAUCGAGCGUAUCUACAGUAAAUUGGACUGGCGCAUCAUUUCUGCCUUCUGGAUUAUCUACUUUAUGACGUCCGCCGUCAAAUCAAACAUUGGUCUGGCGCAGACGAUGAACAAAGAUUCCGGUCAUGAUCUCGCAAGUGUGUUGCACUUGAAUGCUCACCAGAUUUCCACUGCUCUUGCACUCUUCUAUGUCUGCUAUGUGGUGUUCGAUCUGCCUUCCAACCUGGUGAUGACCCGACUCAGUCCUCACAUCUGGAUGAGUCGGAUUGUGAUCAGCGUUGGGCUGAUUGGCACCUGCAUGACAGCGAUGAAGGCCGCCUGGAGUCUCUAUCUGCUUCGUCUACUGCUCGGUAUUGUCGAGGCCGGCUUGUGGCCCGGCAUGGCCUUCUACCUCACUCUAUUCUAUCCGCCAUCUCGCAUUGGGAAACGCAUUGGUCAGUAUUUCACCGCUGGACAAGUGUCAGCUGCCGUCGUAGGCCUUGUUUCCGCCGGCUUCCAGAAGAUGGAUGGUGUGCGGGGUUAUGUUGGAUUCCAGUGGAUGUUCCUGGUUUGGGGUGUCUCCACCAUCGCUCUGGGCUUUGUACAGCUCUGGUGGCUGCCAGACCGCCCUGUGCCCCCGGGCGAGGCUAUUCCCGAGCGUCACUGGCUUCUGCGCUGGCUGCCAACAAGCAGACCUGCCCUAACCGGCCGAGAUGCAGUGGUCCAUUAUCACGACAUGAAGCGCGUGUACCACAAGUCGAAGUGGAACAUGCGAGACCUGUUGAAUGUUUUCCUGGAUUGGAGACUGUGGCCGCUGCUCAUUAUGUACUUUGGUGUCGUGGGUGUGGGUGUGGGUGUGCAGCUCUAUGCCAACGUGAUUAUCGCUGCUAUUGAUCCGUCGCUGAACGGCGUUGACCUGAGCUUGCUGACUGCACCUAUCUGGAUUAUGGAUCUUAUCGCCAUUCUACUCGUCACUCCGCUUUCGGAUCGUUUCCAUCGCCACCGCGCUCUCUUCUUCUCCGUUCCUGUCUUGAUCCAGAUCCUUGGCCUGUUGUUGACUAGCUACGCGGGUACUGACGAGGACCCCUGGCCUCGCUACGGUGGACUUCUGAUCGUUGGCUUCGGCCUUGGACCGACCGUGCCUAUCACCAUGACGUGGACCGCGGAGAUCUUCCAGCCACGACACGGUGAAGUCGGCGUUGCAGCUGCAUCGGCUGUUGUCUCCGGAUGGGGCAACACCGGCGUGAUCCUGACAACCUAUGCGUUGUACUCGGGAUGGAAGAGUGACUAUGAAGCUCCCGGUCGGCAAAAGUAUCGCAAGAGUAAUCUGGUCAUGAUUGGCAUUCUGAUUGCGAGUAUUCUGGCUGCUGUUAGCAUGGAGCUUCUCCUUCGCUACGUAGACAAGUGGUAUGAUGAUCCCGUGGAGGAUGAUGAAGGCAACACCGUCGACUACGCACGUCGUCGUGAAGUGAAACAGCGUGGUCUGACCGGGAUCGGAGCUAGUUUAAUGGGUUGGGCGAGACGAGGCAAGGCUAACCUCGAGUAA